CUCCCCCAGCAGAGGCAUUAAAUCUGAGUUUAGGUUAAUCUGGAGGCAGUGAAGGGGCUGAAAUUGAGGAAGACUGAAGGCAGGAUAAAAGUAUUGUUCCUUUCUCAGGGAGCAGAGUGGUAGCUUCCAUUCAGAAGUCUGGCUGAUUCAUACACUGGGUGACUACUGAUCCAAGCGGAGAGCCAGAGAAGGGGACUGCUUGGUGCCAGGUGACUGAGAGGACCAGCUCCUUAUUUUCCUGUUUUUGAUCUGGUGCAUCUCCCUACCUCAUUCCCCACUUUUUUCUCUCCUUCAUCUGGAUGGGAAGUCAGGCAGAAUGGACAGAAUAUUGCUGGGGUGGAUAGUUCUCUUCUGGGUAACAGCGGUAGUGGAAGGCUUGCAGGUCACUGUACCCGAAAGGUCGAAGAAAGCCAUGCUGUUCCAGCCAGUUGUGCUAAGCUGCCGCUUCAGCACGUCCUCCCAGCAGCCAGCUGUCAUCCAGUGGAAAUUCAAGUCCUACUGCCAGGAUCGAAUGAAGGAAGCCUUGGGCAUGGCCACUGCUGGGGCCCAGCCACUUAGCAAAAGGAACCUAGAGUGGGACCCCUAUCUGGACUGUGUAGACAGCAGGCGGACAGUGCGAGUUGUGGCCUCAAAGCAAGGUGCUGUUGUCACCCUUGGAGAGUUCUACCGGGGAAGAGACAUCACCUUUGGUGAAGGUGCAGAGCUCAAGAUUGGGAAAGUCAUGUGGGGAGACAGUGGCCUCUACUACUGUAUCGUCACCACGCCUGACGACGUGGAGGGCAAAAACGAGGACUUGGUGGAACUCCUUGUGUUGGGCAGGACAGGGUGGCUUGCUGCUCUUUUGCCAAGUUUUGCUGUGAAGAUUAUGUCAGAAUGGGUGUUUGUUGGCCUGGUGAUCCUAGGAGUCUUCCUCUUCUUCCUCCUGGUUGGAAUCUGUUGGUGCCAGUGCUGUCCACACAGCUGUUGUUGCUACGUCAGAUGCCCGUGUUGCCCAGACUCCUGUUGCUGUCCUCGGGCGUUAUAUGAAGCAGGGAAAGCUGCCAAGGCUGGCUAUCCUCCCUCUGUCUCCAGUGUUCCUGGUCCUUACUACAUUCCCUCUGUUCCUGUUGGAGGGGUCUCCUCUUCUGCCAUGCUGAUGGAUAAGCCACAUCCACCUCCACUGGCAUCAAGUGACUCCAUUGGAGGAAGCCAGAGUGUUCGAAAAGGUUACCGGAUCCAAGCUGACAAAGAACGAGACUCCAUGAAAGUCCUAUAUUAUGUUGAGAAGGAACUGGCUCAGUUUGAUCCGGCCAGAAGGAUGAGAGAAAGAUACAAUAACACCAUUUCUGAACUCAGCUCCUUGCAUGAAGAGAAUGGAAAUUUCUGUCAGUCUUACCGCCAGAUGCGGAGAAAGCCUCUCCCUUCUUUGGGGAACAUGGAGAAUGAUACAGACUAUUGGACAGGUGUAAUGGGAAACAGUAGUGGGUCAGGACAUGGACCCUCAUCCUCCAAUUACAACAAAGAAGAUCGAGACAGCUUCAGGCACAGCCAGCAGCGGUCAAAGUCAGAGAUGUUGUCACGGAAGAAUUUUGCCAUGGGGAUGCCAGCUGUCUCCAUGGACGAGUUGGCAGCCUUUGCGGACUCCUACAAUCAGCGGUCCCACCGAGGCGAGGGCAACAGCCAAGAGCCUCGUGGGGGGAGCCGCUUUGAGAGAUCAGAGUCACGGGCACAUGGUGGGCUAUAUAAUGAUGAUUCCCUAGAGGAAUAUUAUAGCAAAAGGAGCCGGAGCCGGGAGCCUUUGACAGACUCAGACCGGGGCUGGUCCUAUAGCCCACCCCGAAGACGGGCUAAUGAAGAUAAACACCUACCUCGGCUGGUGAGCCGGACCCCAGGUGUUGGACAGAAGUAUGACCAUACCUAUUUGAGCAGUGUACUAGAGAGGAAAUCCCGGGGUGAGGGCAGCAGUGGUGGUGGGAGCCUUGAGACCCCAUCAAAGCUGAGUUCCCAGCCACUGCAACGGAGUGGGAGCUAUUAUGCCUGGUCACCACCAACAACCUACAAAGCCGGGGGUGGACAGCAACCGUCAUCACAGCCAGAUGAAGAGGAUGAGAUGGAAGACACCUUACCACCAUACAGUGAACUGGAGCUGACCCGGGGCCCUUCCUACAGGGGCCGGGAGUCCUUGUACCAUAGCAACUCAGAAAAGAAGAGGAAAAAGGAGCUACCCAAGAAAACUAAUGACUUUCCAACCAGGAUGUCCCUUGUGGUCUGACGCUUGUUUUCAAGGCAUCUAUUUGGAUGACUAGAAACCAGGAGGUGACUGCAGGUUCACAAAUCUGACCCAAGACCCAGCAGGCCAUCAGAUUUGGAAUACUUGCCAGUUACCAACUUUGUCUCAAGGAUACUCAUCCCCAACCAUAGUGUCCAUUGAAUUAGCUUUUCAAGAAACUGAUCAGAAAAACAGCUAGGAUUGGGAUUGUUCCCAUGUUUUUCACCUUAACUGUUUCACCAACCUUGUUGCUCUGCUUUGCAGAACCAGAAUCAGAACUCUAUUUUUUACUAUGAAACAAAGCUAGCUCUUGACCUCUUAUCACCUGAUAUUGCCUCUGUCUAUGGUACACUUUCCACAUCUCCGACACCCUCCUUAGAAUUCCUUUUGACUCAUUUGGACAAGGACAAGAAAGGUGAUUCUUUCCUAACCCUAAGGGGGAGUCUUCUGCUAGCAUUUGAACAUGGCCCUAAAGUAAAAAAAAAAUUAACCCUGCUCUUGUGACCUUCUCUGUGUCAUCUAAUGUGAUGACAAAAUCUGAAGGCCUUGGAAGAUGACUUGAUGUAUUUGCUGCGUCUUAGUAAUGGUGCCAUGCUGGGCAAUGGGACUUCGGUUUGCUGUUCUGAGUGAUGAUGCUUUAAUGACUGGAGUAAAAAAUAUGAGGGUAACACACCUUCUUGAAAAGCUAUAUGAAUUUAUGAGACACAGGGCAGAUAGUAUGACGUAGUGGUAGAGCUGGCCUCAAAAGCCAAGAAGACUGGGUUCAAACCCUGCCUCCUACGCAUACUGACUUUGUAACUCUGGGCAAGUCCCUUAGCUUCUCAGCAUUCCAGGCAGCUCUCUAAGCCUGUAUAUUACAGAGAAAGCAUGACCUGCAUUGGUAGGGGGUGUUUCUUUACCCCCAUUCCAGUAAAAUAACAGGUCCAGGAUCUAUCCCUUUGGGACACAUGUCACAUUUAACAAUACAAACUGUGCUUUUUUCCUUUUUGCUGCUCACUUGAACAUGCAAGUCAGCCUGAUUUGGGCUAAUAAAGGGCUUUCACUCCCACUUCCCUUAGCUGAGUGGCAUAACCUAAGAGAACUGUGCCUCCAGCAGUGAGAGGAUUUUGGUGUCCUUUGAACACUAAGAUAACUUUUUGAAAUACAUAUAUAAAAGAGGAGGAAGAGGAAUAGUAGGAGAGAGAGAGAGAGAGAGAGAGGAAAGAUGAUAAUGCAGAAGAGAGAAUGAGAAAGAAACUAGGGGAAACAGGUGACAGUUUGGCAUGCUUACCAUUUCCCCACAAAAAUCAUUGAUGAUUUUUGCACCUUCUUGGCCAUGAAUUCUUUUGGCAUCCCAUUUCUGCUAACUCUAAUCAUGGGAUGAUGAAGAAUAGUUCUUGCAGGCUAAGCAAGCUAAUGCUCUGAAUAAGAAACUUCUUACUGCUUUGUGAUUAGUAGGCACUCAGUAAAUAUUGGAUAAAUGAAUGAAUACUGCUUUCUUAGUAAGAGAGGAUCUCUUCCUCCCAUGCCUGAAUGAUCAAGUUUGCAUAAGUCUCAGUCUUGUAUAUCUUCUGAUACAAGAGUUCCUUUCUUUUUCUCUGACCAGGAUCCUACCUGUGGAGUUUAUAGUGGGGUGGCAAUGGUAAAGGCCAUUGAUUGCUCACUAUGGAAACUGAUCCUAGCAUAUAUAUCAGUUUGAGGUUCUACCAGCCACCUUCAUUCUCACUCCUUCAUCCUUCAUUCAUAUAUGAUGGGCUGGCCUCUCUAUAACCUGAGCCAUGUGAUUUUUGAGAGAGAUUCUCACCGAGGUAUGGGAAGGCAGCUAACUCCUAAAAUUUCCUUUUCCAUACAGGAGGAUAUCUUUUAUGGUUGCCUAGCCCUAUGAUCAUACAUCUCAUGCCUCUUUUUAGCACUGGGCAUCAUGUAACCACCAGUCAGUUGGACAGAGUAUUUGAAUGAUUGUUCAGAUCACCCAUCAACCCUGCCACAUUGGUAGGUUGGCCCAUGUUUGGGUUGGAAUCUCUUGCAAGGAACAAUCAUACUUGACCUUGAAAUCCCUCUACUCCCAGAAGGAAUCUCAUUUCUAACCUCAGGAGCUGUGGGCCCUACUUUUGCUGGGUCCCAUCUUCAGAAUCUCUUUGGGCACCUGCCCCAAGGGCAUGUACAGGAAAGACUGAGGAUAAUGUUCCAUUGGUCUCCAAUGUAUUUCAUAACAAUUCUCAGAAUUGGGUGUUGUAGGCAUUGAAACACAGCCAGGUCCAUUUUGGAGAGGUGGGAAAAUACACCCUGCAUGCCACAUGUUGUCGGUGAAAUGAGGGUUUAUUUCACCCAGAUUUGGACCAUAUCCAUUCACAGGGUUGGCUUCCUAAAGGACCAUAAAGUAGCCUUGACCUUCACAGUGGAACAGGGCAGGGUGCUUCCACCAGCUGUGAUUACUGCCAUUCCUGAGAGAUGGGUGGACUUCUUCAAUAACAAGAUCAAAUCAUAAUGCUGGUGCUUGCCUACUCGUCUUCAUAGUCUGACUUGUUCUCAUCAUUGAACUUUGACUCCUAUUCAGAUGAAAAAGAUGAAGUAACAUGUCUCUGUCAUCUUCUCUGUAGUUUAUUAUUGCUAGACAACCACAGCUUUCUAUUCUAGCUUGCUUGAGCCCUGAUACAGAUGAAGUUUGGGAGUUGCAGUGGCUAUUAUCUCUUUAAACUGAGCACUAUGUCAGGUUUCACACAAAUAGAAGAGAAACAUAGCACCAGCUACAGAGACCAAAAAAAAUAUUGUUUUUAUUAGCAGAUGGUGCGUGUGAUUCUUAUAAAGGUGGCAAGGAGCAAGGGGAAGAGAACUAUUAUAAUUGGAAACCUCUAUUGCAAAAGACUGUAAACUACAUAUAAACAAUAAAAAGAUAAUAAAAUGAUAA